CCCCGCCCCGCCUUAUCUGGGCCCCGGGGUCCCCGGGCCGGGGAAGCGGCCGGCUGGCAGGGCCGCGCGAUGUCGCACGGCGCUGGGCUCGUCCGCACCACGUGCAGCAGCGGCAGCACGUUCGGACCCAGGGCUGGCGGGGGACAGCAGGGCGCGAGCCCUUCGGAAGGUCUGCUGGACCCCGUCUACCCCCGCACCCAUGGGGCCCUGCUGAAAGUGGCGCAGAUGGUCACGCUGCUGAUUGCCUUCAUCUGCGUGAGCAGCUCCCCGUGGACCAGCUACAGUGCCUUCAGAUACUUCGAAGUGGUCACCAUUUGCAACUUGAUCAUGAUUCUCGCCUUUUACCUGGUCCACCUCUUCCGCCUCUACCGCGUGCUCACCUGUAUCAGCUGGCCCCUGUCGGAACUUCUGCACUAUUUAAUCGGUACCCUGCUCCUCCUCAUCGCGUCCAUCGUGGCAGCCUCCAAGAGUUACAACCAGAGCGAGCUGGUAGCCGCAGCGAUCUUUGGUUUCGUGGCCACCUUCCUCUGCCUGGCGAGCGUGUGGCUGUCCUACAAGAUCUCUUGUGUGACCCAGUCAGCAGAUGCAGCCGUCUGAGGACCCCACAGGCUCCGGGUCCACAGGAGGCCCCGCGGGACGUGUGGCCCAGCAGACAGGAGGAUCUGAGGGCCAGCGGCCGUAGGAAAGACUUCUGAACCUGUGUCCUGUGCCAAAGUGCUGCCCGGGCUGGUGGGCACAGGAGGGGGCCUUCACCUUCCUCCUGGGCCCCUGAGCUGCUCCCAGCCUCUCCCCGCAGUCUGAAGAAUAUUCCUCCCCGCCUGGGAAGGAAAAGCAGCCUUCAGGGAAAACUGGUCUCUCCCUCCUGCUUUUAAAACUGCCUCAGGGGCCAGUGCACACAGUGGGGGUUUUCUGAAUCCUGCGUAACUCCUGUCCCUCAGGGGAGUGAAGCCGCCUUAAGUCUCUGGAGGAACAAAGCCCUUUCCUGAUUUAUCCAGCUUGGGAACUGGUCUUGAGGACCCCCAACACCCUCGUUCUUACAGCGAGGUGUGCCUAUAGAAGCUCUGUGGUCCACCUGUCCCCAAAGAUGUGAUCUCAGCCUCCUUUCCCGACUCUGCCUUCGUGACCAUUGUAUGUGUGUAUGUGUGUGUGUGUUUUUAAAUAAAAUAUUGACCAAUG